CGUUUCAGUUCAGUUAGGUUAGGUUCUGAAGUAGUGAAGUGAUUGUGAGACUGAAAAUUUGAUUCCUCCUCGGUGAUGUGAUUCAGUCGCAUUAAAUAUCGUCCCUUUACUGCAACUAAAUUUUUAUUCUUAAUACACUGCUAUUGACCAAUUCUCAGACUUUAUUGUAGACAUUUCUUCAAGCUAAUGCUGUAGUAUGCAGCCGACAAGACAGCCUGUGAUAAGAUAGGAUAGGGAUUACACUUGCUCACCCCAUGUUUUUGUAAUUUUAAAGGUACGAACUUUUCCAAGUGUAAGAAGAUUUUCUCUGUAUUAUUUGUGAUAAUUCCACUGAUUUGACCUCCUUAGGUUGCUGACUCAUAUUAAUCGUUAUCAAUGUGCAACCACCAUAAUUUAUGUGUGAAAUUAUGUUCGAACUGGUGAGGAAACAGUUCAGUAUGUUCUCAAGCGUUUGCAAUUACUCCAUUCUGAAAUGACAGUCCUGCAGAAAAUGUUUGGGCACUCAAUUAGUUAAGUGACAGCUUAAAGUUCUCUUCGAAAGGAAAAGUAACUUUUGCACGAGAUUUCUGUUUUUGAACAUCUCUGUCAGGCACAAUGUCAAAAGGCAAGUUUGAAUAUGUUAGAAGUUUUGAAGAGCAUGUUAAGUGCCUGCCAAACUCUUGGAUCGUCGUCCGUAUCAAUGGUAGAAAUUUUCAAAGGUUUGCUGAACUGCAUGGAUUUGAAAAACCUAAUGAUAAGCGAGCAUUAGAAUUAAUGACAAGGGCUGCAUCCAGUGUGAUGGAAGACCUGCGAGAAAUUACAAUAGCCUAUGGCGCCUGUGAUGAAUACAGUUUUGUGUUCCGCAAGGAUGCACAACUGUAUAAUAGAAGGCAUGACAAAAUCCUCUCGAUUGUCAACAGCCUAUUCUCCACAUCUUUUGUCUACCAUUGGAAUAGUUUUUUUCCAUUUUCCAAAAUGCUGUAUCCACCUUCAUUUGAUGCCAGGAUAAUAUUGUUUCCCACCGACAAAAAUUUGCGAGACUACCUCAGUUGGCGACAAGCAGACGUGCAUUUAUCGAACUUAUACAGCACCACUAUUUGGGCCCUUGUCUUGAAGAAGAAAUAUAAUUUUCACCAAGCAGAAGAAAGAAUCAAAAACACAUCUAUAACACAAAAAACUGAGAUCCUCAUGAAUGAAUUAGAUAUCAACUACAACUUGGAGCCACCUUUAUUCCGGAAGGGAACCACACUAGUCAGGAAACUAGUCGCAACUCCUCCCGAUGGCUCACUGAAAGAAUUCAUCUUCCCACUGACUGUAGACAUAAUCGGAGAGCCUUUUUGGAAGGAGAAUCCAGAAAUUAUUGGAAUGAAGUCAAUACAGAUUUGUCAUAAGAAAGAAGAGGAUGUGGGGUACCUUGUUCCUAACCACCUUCCCACGGUGAAUAAGGAGGAGAUGGAGCCACCACCUCUACCAAAUCCGAUUAUUGCGCGUGUGCCUCCCCCUCCCAUUCCUGUUACUGGUAGACCGGUCAAAAUGGUGAAACAGAAUAUCAUACAAGAUAGAAGGAACAGGCGCAACAACCUUGACCAACACAUUUUGUUGGAUAGAGGCCCUCCAGAUUACAGAAACAUCCCAAUGCAGAUGCUCGAAUUAGAUGCACAAAUGGUGGAACAAGACAUUCAUAUGCCUGACCGUGGACUACCUUUUGAUCAUAGAUUUGAGCGCAGAAAUUUUUGGGGAGACCGCAACCACUUAUUACUGAAACCUAGAGACUACCCUAUUUUUUACAGGAGAGGUUCAGGAUCGAUUACCUUUUCCAGGUAAUACCUGCCUGCCCUCAAGCUACUGGGCAUUCUAAGUUAUAAGAAAUACAUUUGGGUUAAACGGGUAAAACAUUGAAUGUGCUAAAUUUUAGGAUAAUGAAGCUAUCCUAAUUGUGUGGCAACUGAAAAGGGUGUAAUUGAAUUUGGCGUUUCAAAAUAGAUAGAAAAAACUUUUCUUUAAAGGAUCAGAUCUUAAAGUUCUCUCAUAAUUUUAUUGUAACUUUCAUAUCAAUUUCACAGCAACAUUUUGACCGAUGAAUUCUGUAGAAUUUUUCCAAAACGGGAAUCUUCUCGGUAUCUUAAAGUUUGGAAAAAGAUAAUAACUUUUCAUUUAAAACUCUAAAAUUGUACCUAGAGCAUUUUCUUGCGACUUCAAAUGCAUUUUUAUCUGAAAAAAUGCAACUUGGGAAAAACCCUUGUAGAGGAGAGGAUCCUUACAUGAUUCAUUAUUAAGUAGGGAGAGUUGUUUCACGACUUGCUAUCCAAUUUGCUCCAAAAUUUUAAUUGAAACCGUUUUUUAUUAACAACAGUAGUUCCUCUAGAUAUUUACAAUAUUUGAAAGCUAACAAUUUCCACCACGAGUCAUCUGAAGAUCAUUGGGAAGACAAUAAGACUAUUUGCACAAAAUAUUUUAAGAAAAGGUUUUUCUACUAAUUUUGAACCACCCUACAGGUGCUAACAGUUUUGUCACUAAUUAUGGGAGCAUAGCACAUACUUUGACAUUACUUUUUUAAUAGGAUUUGUAAUUUAUUUACUUGUGUAAUUUUCUACUAUUAAUAUGUGAAUUUCUAUUCCAUUUCUUUUUUUGUGUGUGUGAUGAAGGGACUUAAGUCUCUCAAUAGGUAGUUAGUUCACUGGACCUAUAAAGGGGUGUUACUGAAGGCUGCGAUUGGCCUUGACCAGGUAGAAAGGUAGAAGACGCACCAUCUUGAGUUUUGUAUUUGCUCUCUGGUCUGGGCUGUGGACAGCUAAUCCUUUAAAAUAUUCUAAAAUUUCAACGAUUUGAACAAGAACACACCAAGUCGCCUUUUUGAAACAGUCUUAAUAGCAGUUGAGAUUAGUUUUGAAUUCAACUAGUCGUGAAUUUUUUCCUGUCAACAAUUCAGAGUCAAGAAAAAGUGUUUUGAAAGUGAAAAUAAGUCAUGAAACUUUGCUCUUGACAUUAGUCUUAUGAAGGAAUGAAACGUCGAACCUCUUUUCCUUGGUCCAAACUUGAUGUGUUUCUGUUGAAUUCAGUUUCAUAGUGACAACUUAUUUAGUGUGAGCUCUAUAUUCCCUUUAAGUAUUUUUAAUUGAAUAAAAGGUGGGUCUCUCACAAUUACAAUUUUUCAGAAAUCUGUUUUUGCUCAAUUGUUCUAAUAUGUUUUAUUCCUUUGAUUAGCUAAUUCAAAGCUAUGAAAAGUUGAAUUACUGGUCGGCUGACCACCAUUAUGCCACAGUAGCAGGCUGGGCCAAAUUUUUCCAUUUUCAUUCUGCUUUGAUCGAUACGCUACUCCACCUGGUCUAAAGCCCGAAAAUUUUGAGACAAUCCCUCUCUUCAUGUGCUCCUUCCCCUCCUUUUAUGAUACUUUGGCAGACAUCUCAUUAAUAGUUGAAAACUCAGACUUUUUCCCAAGUAUGAAACAAAAAUAGAAUUGCAACAAUUUUUUUGAGCAGCUUGUGUAGAAUGCAAUGAUGAAGUAGCAAUGGUUUUCCACUGAUUAAUUUCUCAUUUAUUUUUUGUAAAUAAAUGUGACAGUACUAUACUUAGGUAUGUAUUUUUAGCCUUUGCGUUGAAGUACCUUCAUCAACCAGAUUCUGUGAGACAAGUCAGUGAUCUUUCAAAGUAUGUAAGUUGCUCAAGUUUUUGCGCCUCUGCUAGAACGGUUAUCAAGUGACAGCUGAGAAAAUUGUUGAAAGUUCAGUAACAAUUAUUUAGAGGAAGUGCUGAGUGUUUUUUGUACUUUAUAAAUCCAUUUACUGUCUUCACAAUGUUUCGAUUUUUUUUUAAAGGUAUUGUAAAACACUUAUUGUGUCUUAACACAAAUUAAUGAAGUAUAUUUAGCAUAUCUUGCUAUGGGCAAAAGCAUUUUUAUUCAUCAGUAGCUCCCCUUACCAAGUAUUGUUUUUGCAUGAGGUCUACAAGAUAAUUUUAUGCAAUAAAAACCGAUUUUAUAGAAA